AAUGCCACAGUGCCCCGUGUGCCGUCUGUAUAUCCGUGUGUCGCUAUAUAAUAGGGAAGAAUCGUUCCACUUGUCUCCUGCUCAUCAUAUAAGCCAGUCUAGUCAGAAGACUCUGUCUGGCCGAAGGUGUUUGGUCAGAGAAAGUCGCUGUUUCCUUAUUUACCCUCAGCAGUGCUGAAGUAGGACACUCCAGGUACCGCGAAAGAACACAAGGGGAAAUUACAGAAGAGGACAACGAUUUUGUUCUUCCCGGAAAGUUUAACCCCUCCCACACAGAUGCUUCCGGCCGACCUGAUUGGUGGGAGUGAUGUGUGAACUAGAUGACCUGGCUGGCCAAUCAGCGGAGCAUGAGAGUGUACUGACAGCCAGAGCAGCAGUGUUCCUACCAGAGCGUGAGAGGGAGUGCAGGAGAGGAACAGAGCCAGAGGGAGAGGAGGAGGACGAGGCAGGGGAGCAAAGGGGAGGAAUGGGUGUUGGUAAAAACACCACCUCCAAAUCCAUGGACUCCACCGCAGAGCCUAGCAGAUAUGAGGAGGAGAACAAACACAGUGCACACUUCUAUCCCAUCCCAGUGGUUAAUGGUGUCGUGCAGACCCCUGGAGAUCAGGACGCAGAGGACACGCAGCUCAUGGCCAUUUACGCAAAAGACAGCCAGACUGAGGACAAAUGCUCCAUAUCAGAGACUGUGGACAGUGCAGACAGCAUAGACGCCAGGAGAAUGGACAUGAUAUAUACCAUAGAGGACACACCACCUUGGUACCUGUGUGUGUUCCUAGGUUUACAGCACUAUCUUACCUGCUUUAGUGGAACUAUCGCUGUGCCCUUCCUGCUUGCUGAAGCCAUGUGUGUGGGAUUUGACCAGUGGGCAACCAGUCAGCUGAUUGGCACCAUUUUCUUUUGUGUGGGCAUCACCACCCUGCUGCAGACCACCUUUGGCUGCCGGCUUCCAUUGUUCCAGGCUAGUGCUUUUGCUUUUCUAGCCCCAGCAAGAGCCAUCCUUUCACUGGAUAAGUGGAAAUGUAACGCGACAGCUGUUCCUCUGUUAAAUGCCACAGAGCUGCCACACACAGAAGACAUCUGGUACCCCAGGAUACGAGAGAUCCAGGGUGCUAUAAUCGUCUCGUCUCUAAUAGAGGUGAUCAUAGGGGCCUUGGGUUUGCCAGGUGUCCUGUUGAAGUACAUCGGCCCGCUCACCAUCACCCCUACUGUCACUCUCAUUGGGCUCUCGGGCUUCCAGGCGGCUGGAGAGAGAGCAGGCAAACACUGGGGCAUUGCCAUGCUAACCAUAUUCCUGGUGCUGCUGUUCUCUCAGUAUGCGCGUAACAUCCAGUUGCCGCUCCCAAUCUACAAAUCCAAAAAAGGCUGGACGUCUUAUCGCCUGCAGCUGUUCAAGAUGUUCCCAAUCAUCAUGGCUAUCCUUGUGUCAUGGUUUCUGUGUUUCAUCUUCACGGUGACUGACGUGUUUCCUCCUGAGAAGGACAAAUAUGGGUUCUACGCCCGAACAGAUGCCCGACAGGGCAUCCUGGCAGCCGCCCCCUGGUUUAAGAUACCCUACCCCUUCCAGUGGGGGUUGCCCACAGUGACAGCAGCAGGGGUGAUUGGGAUGUUGAGUGCUGUAGUUGCCAGCAUCAUAGAGUCCAUUGGAGACUAUUAUGCCUGUGCCCGUCUCUCCUGUGCCCCGCCUCCACCUAUACAUGCCAUUAACAGAGGGAUCUUCAUGGAGGGUCUUUCCUGUGUUCUCGAUGGCAUCUUCGGGACAGGAAAUGGCUCCACAUCUUCUAGCCCAAAUAUUGGAGUGCUGGGCAUCACCAAAGUGGGGAGCAGGCGAGUAAUUCAGUAUGGCGCGGCACUGAUGCUAUUACUAGGAAUGGUGGGUAAAUUCAGCGCUCUCUUCGCAUCAUUGCCGGACCCAGUUCUGGGGGCGCUGUUCUGCACUCUAUUCGGCAUGAUCACCGCUGUUGGUCUUUCCAAUCUGCAAUUUGUGGAUCUCAACUCAUCCCGCAAUCUGUUUGUCCUUGGCUUCUCCAUCUUCUUUGGCCUGGUCCUGCCCAGCUACCUCAAAGGAAACCCUCUAGUCACUGGUAUAGUGCAGAUAGAUCAGGUGCUGAACGUUCUGCUUACGACUGCCAUGUUUGUAGGAGGUUCAGUGGCGUUUGUGCUGGAUAAUACUAUUCCUGGCACCCCGGAGGAAAGGGGCAUACGCAAGAUGAAUCGUGGAAACAGCUUAUCUAAACGGAACAGAAUGGAGUCUUACGACAUUCCGUUUGGUAUGGACUUCCUGCGGCGCCAUCGCAUUUUCCAGUACCUCCCAAUCAGCCCCACAUUCGCUGGCUACCAGUGGAGCGUCCUCACCCACAGCUGCCAUGAGCGCCACAACAGGAGAGAGGACGACAUGCCAACAAAGCCAGAACUGGGAGAAAGUGGGGUAUAGUGUUUAGCACCGGUAGGUUUUUAGAUGGUAGUCACAAUGCUCCAUUCCACCCAGUCAGUGAAAUCCGCAGUCCAGUCCUUUACUAAACAGCCAGCUAUAAACUCUUUUCAUCCCACAAUCCUUUAAAAACUCUGUAUCCUUUCUGAUUGACUCAUCAAGUUUGUCAUCAAUGCUAAAGUUGGUUUCUAGCUGUGAAAACGGCUUCUAAAAACUUUGACAGUGCACUUUUGGCACUGAUCUGAAAGUGUCUCCAUGACAACAGUGAGUGGAUGCAAUGCAGGUUGUACUCGUUCAUCUCUCUCUGUGUUGGGAGGACAUGUGAACAGAGACUGAAAAAUCACUUUAUAUAAUCUACUGAAUUUCCAAUAUCAGAGUUCCCUUUUUUUGGCCUGCACUGCUCCAUCUGCACAAAGCAUCUUUAUGUAGAUAAUUGGAUGUUUGAAUUUAAACGACGUACUAAUGAGUGCUAUCACACACUUUCACAUUCACAACAGACAUUAUGCAUGGUGCAGUUCCGGAUCCCGUUAAAGCAAGAGGAUUGUUUAAGGUUUACAUAGUGAUUCAAGGUUAUUGUGCUUUAUGUUUGAAUUGCAUUGCUUGAAUUAACGCACAAAAUGUAGUUUGCUCGUUCCUAAUUUAACUUCUAGAGUCUUGCUUCCAAAUCGUUAGUUAGCUGCUAUUUCGAUUAAAAGCUCAUAUCGAAAGGGGUGUUUCUUAUUAAAUACUGUUAUUUGCCACCUUGAAAUUGUAGUGAUUGCACGUUUUGGAGGCAGAUAGCUAUGCAGUAGGUAAAAUUAUACGAAAAACUAAUGUACUAUCAGUACAUGGUUUGCAAAAGAAGGAAGACUGGAAGGGAAAAACUUGAGAAUUGUUGCACUCAGGCAGUCCCAUUGAAAGACGUGGGGAAACAUUUUCUUUUGGUCAAAAUCGAUUGAGCCCUCCUUUGGGCGCCACAUUUUUGGUCUGUCUAUUGUUUGAUAUAAGUGACACCUCCUCACUGCUGUUCAAGUGAAUGUGGUUUAUAAUGUAGAUUCCCACAAGCACUGCGGAUGUGGUUUGUUUUUGAACACAGAGAGGAUGGGCGGCAUUUAGUGGGCAUUUACUGACAGGUUCUCCAACUGUACAAAUCCUAUUAUACUGUAUUAUCACAAUCAAUUUCUAAUCCUUAGUAUUUAGUUAUAACUAUAAGUUCACAUUUCUCAUCUUUGGUUUACAGACAUUUUAUGAUCUUUACAGUAACAACCUGUACAAUACAAAGCAUUUUUUUCAGUUCUUGUUAUAGCAUUGAAACCAAUAUUUGACUAUUGGACACUCUAAUGUCAUGGAAUGGUGACUUCAGUGGCCCUCUUGAUUUAAUAGUGUGCAGUUGUGCUUUAACCUCUGUGAUAAUCUCACUUAGAGCUCCAUCUGAUGGUUGUAUCUUUAUUUGAGGCUCAUAGUGUAUCCACUUCAGAUUCAGAGUUUCUUUUGUUGACUUGUAAUUUAUUUAUUUAUAUGUACUAUAUCUACUAUCCUUUGCUGCCUGUAAGCAGGAAAUGGGAGAUGCAGCUCUCCACUCUAAGGUUUGAUUUGAAAUGCUGAAGGUGUGUGUGUGGUGUGUGUUGCAGCUGAGAAAUUGCAGUUUUAUAUUACCAGUCUUGACAUUUACAACAUAACUGGUGCUUCCUCGGUGAGUCAUUCCAACUAACAUGUUUGAGAUGUUUUUUUUCUCUUUCUAGCUGACCUGUAAUACAGCUUGAUGUUGGUUUGUUGGAUUUGUGUUGUAUUAGUCUUUAACCGAAAACCCUAAUUAUGCAAGGACCAUUUCACUUGGUAACACAAUGUUACAACUGUUACUUUGUUUUCAGCCUUAUUUACACAUUUAAAAAAAAAAAACUUCUGUGCAUUAUAGCAGGAAAGAACACAUCGCAGAGUGUUUUUAAUGUGUUUGAGAAUGUUUAAGUGAUAGUGUUUGGGACCUAAAAUCCAGAUCUGAGUUCUGUAUACAAGGCGAUACUAAUUUACUUACUGCUUCAUCAACACUUGGAAAAGUGUGCUGCAGUAAUUGAGUAGAAUAAGAUCUACAGUUCGAAUCACUGAGUGUCAAAACACAAAUUAUGUCGUAAAGAAUUCAUUACUAUAACACUUUGUGUUCCUAAAAUAAUCUUAUUGUAAAACAUUCAGCACUCUAAAGUGUGGUAUAAUGAUUGUCUAAGAAUCCAAAGUAAAUGCAACUGAGAAAGUGUGCAGUUUGCCACUAAAUCUUCUCCCAUUCACACCGAUAGUGCUUGCAGUGGUGUCAGUCCUCAUCUCCUUAAACUUUUAUCCUUAAAUAGUUUAUUGAAAUGUUAUUUGAAACUUAUGAAGACCUUUCACAUCCUGUGGUGUUUAAUUGUCUGUCAGUCAUGAAGGUUUCUAUGGCAGUGACAUGCAUAAAUAUUUGUCAAGUGAUGGGGAUUACUGAAACAAAAUAUAGCAAAAGUUGAUUUAUUGAUGCUAAAUAUAGUUUUUGAUAUGAGAACAUUUUGGAAAUACAUGCUCUUGUGCUAAAUUUCAGGAUCCGCUGAGAUGUAAAGUUUGUGAUGCGGCUUGAUAACAUGGUGGCAUGUGAUUCAAAGAAAAACAACCCUUCAGUUAUUUUGAAGGGGAUAUAUCUGAAGAAUAUACUUAGUUUCUCUGAAUUGUAAUAUGUUUUUAAUGUUUUAUUGUUUUUUUUACACAUCAUGUUGUGUUUUUACAGACAAGAUGUUGGGAAAAAAAUGCUUAUCUUAAAUCAUGCUGCAAAGU